AUGUCUCCCGCCGCUACCACCCAAGAGACCGCACCCAGUCACGCCCCGGGCCCGUCGAAGGGCGCCGCCGCCGCGUCGACCCUCGCUCCCUCAGUCGAGCAUGACAAGGCCGCAGAACUCGUCGACAGGCUCAUCCACAAGCUGCUCAACAACGAAGACACCAACAAGGAAUUCCUCCUGCCCCUCGCAGAUGGCCGCAUUAUCGACACAAAGGGCUGGAACGGCUGGGAGUGGACCCACGGCGUCGCCCUCUUCGCUCUGUGGGAGCACCACGCCCUCACCGCCGACAGGCGCUCCCUCGAUAUCAUCACGAAGUGGUUCCACGACCGCAUGGCCGAGGGCGGGACCACCAAAAACAUCAACACCAUGGCGCCGUUCCUCGCCCUUGCAUCCAUCUACGAGCGUAACCCGCGGCCGCAGUACAAGGAGUGGCUCCUCGAGUGGGCCGAGUGGGCGAUGAACGGCCUGCCAAAGACCCACGAGGGAGGCUUCCAGCACAUGACCUACAUCGACGAUCACGACGGGCAGCUCUGGGACGAUACCCUCAUGAUGACGGUGCUGCCCUUGGCCAAGAUCGGACUCGUCCUGGACCGGCCGGAAUUCGUCGACGAGGCAAAGUACCAAUUCCUCGUUCACAUCAAGUAUCUCAGCGACUCGAGGACCGGCCUCUGGUACCACGGUUGGAACUUCAACGGCCGCCACAACUUUGCGAAGGCGCUGUGGGCCCGCGGAAACUGCUGGAUCACGGUCGCCAUCCCAGUCUUUCUCUCGCUCCUCGGUGUCCAGCCCGACACCUCCGACUUCUUCACCCGGACUCUGCUCGCCACGCUGCGUGCUCAGCUCGACCAGCUGACCAAGCUGCAGGACCCCCAGACUGGCCUUUUCCACACGCUCCUGGACGACCCCAACUCGUACCUCGAGUCCUCAGCCACGGCCGGCUUUGCGGCAGGCACUCUCCUUGCCCUCCGCAAUGGCUUCCUUUCUUCAUCGCCCAACGCCGCCGCCUAUGCGUCCAUGGCCCAAAAGGCCCUCGGCGGCGUGGUUUCCAUGAUCGCCGACGACGGCGAGCUGCAGAACACCAGCUUCGGAACGGCCAUGGGCAACGAUCUCGACUUCUACCGAAACAUCGCGAUAACCCCGAUGCCUUAUGGCCAGGCUUUGGCUCUGUUUGCUGUCGUCCAGGACAUGGCGUUGGCCACCAAGCCGUAG